UUCUCCUCCUGUCGUUGCCGGAUGCCGUAACGUUCCUGAUGAACACCGAGACGCCGCUCCUUCCUCAGAGCUGAAAUAUUCAACAUCUAUCCACACUUCUGACAGCCGGAGAGAAAGAGCAAGUUGAGGACUUGAACUCAUCUCUCCUCUCUCCCACUUCUCUGCAACAUCCACUGCUGACAGUCUGUUGCUAAGCAACUGUAAAAUAAAGCAGUGGGCUCUGAAGUCAGCGCGAGAGAAGAGGAAGAGAGUUCACAAGUACUGCAAUACACUACUGUUUGUUUAGCUCUCUGCAUGAUCCCGGCGCAUCUCUCGGUUCCCAUCUGUAGAUCCACGAUGACUUGUGACUUCUGGUUGUCGGACGGCCAGCCAAUCGGGGCCGGCUGCGAGGCGGGCUCAUCGGUUCCCUAGGCUACCUGUGUGAUUGACGUUCAGCCUCCUGCAGCGGAGCGCGCGGCGGUGUAUCACUGAUGCUCCUGCUUCCCCCGGGGAGACAGUGGAGAAAUCUGGAAGAGAGGAGAGCCGGAGAGAAAACACAAGAGCAAGUGGAAUGCUAAUUAUUUAAAGUCCUUCGGUCUUUUCCUCCUGCUCUCUUUGCUGGAAAGAUGAAAGCUGCAGCGCAGGAAGAAGCCGGCUGAGGGGAAGGAUUCCCAAAGAAGAGGGAUUUGUUGUGUUUCAGGAGCUACAUGCUGGAGGUGUUGGAGCUGCUGCCCGUUUGCCUGCCUGCGUAGGAGGAAACAUCUCGUCUUCUGAGUCUCUCCGUCUACUACACAUACGAACUUUCAGGGAGUCGUUUCUGCUUCGUUAGGACAGGAAAGUAAGAGGAGAUGAGUCGAAGAUGGAAGGACAUGAGUCGGAUUUGAGGCUGCGUGAUUUUCACCUCGGCCCACGGAUUCGCUGGGAUGGCCCUCAGCCGAGAGAAACGGUAACGCAGUUGCACAACGCGAUCCUUUUGACCGACCGUUAUCUCUGCAGACAGCGUCUCUACCUCAGGGGUGUCAGGUUCCCUUCAUCGACGGCCAGCGUCCUUAAACCCUUAAAUGGAAAACCUUAUGAAGACAGAAAUUAAGAGGAAAGUCAAAGAAAAAGUCCAGCUGAGUGAUAAAAAUAUGUUCAGCAUAGCGUGCUACCCAUAAAAACCCUGCAGCGGCUCAGGGGAGGAGUUCAGAGGAGGCAGAGAUGAACCUUACAAACCACAGACCGCCACCUGGGGAUAUAAGCUCCACCCACCUCUGAUAUCCAGGGUGACUGACAGACUCACCAAAGCCUCAUACAUCGGCAUCUGAACCCUGUUUGGCCUACAGUACUGUGCAGUGUCUGGAGAUGACCACCAAGCGGAAGCUGAUUGGCCGGCUGGUGCCGUGCCGCUGUUUCCGUGGUGAGGAGGAAGUGAUCUCAGUGCUGGACUACUCUCACUGCAGCCUUCAGCAGGUCCCGAAGGAAAUAUUCAGCUUCGAGAGAACCUUAGAGGAGCUCUACCUGGACGCCAACCAGAUCGAAGAACUACCCAAGCAACUCUUCCAGUGCCAGGCCCUAAAGAAGCUGAGUUUGCCCGAUAACGACCUUUCCAAUCUUCCCACCACCAUCGCCAGCCUGGUCAACCUCAAAGAGUUAGACAUUAGUAAAAACGGAAUCCAGGAGUUUCCAGAUAAUAUAAAAUGCUGUAAAGGCCUGUCUGUGGUAGAAGCCAGCGUCAACCCCAUUACCAAACUCCCAGAUGGUUUCACGCAGCUCCUGAAUCUGACCCAGCUCUUCUUGAAUGAUGCCUUCCUGGAGUAUCUGCCCGCUAACUUUGGCAGGCUCUCCAAAUUACGGAUUCUGGAGCUGAGAGAGAACCACCUGAAAACCAUGCCAAAGUCCAUCCACAGACUGACACAGCUGGAGAGGCUGGAUCUGGGCAGCAACGAAUUCUCCGAAAUGCCAGAGGUGUUGGAACAGAUGCACAGCCUGAAGGAGCUGUGGCUGGAUAACAACUCUCUACAGUCUAUACCUGGGCCUAUAGGGAAGCUUCGCCAGUUGCGGUACUUGGAUUUGGCCAAGAAUCGCAUUGAGACGUUGGAUAGUGACGUCUCAGGCUGUGAGGCCUUAGAAGAUCUGCUGCUCUCCUCCAACAUGCUGCAGCACCUGCCAGACUCUAUAGGAAUGCUAAAGAAGCUGACCACUCUAAAGGUAGAUGACAACCAGCUGACCUCACUGCCUCACACCAUUGGGAGUCCGAAGCCAAAGCAAGGCCUGUCUCUGUUGGAAGAGUUGGACUGCAGCUGUAACGAGUUGGAGUCGCUGCCUCCCACCGUCGGCUACCUGCACAGCUUGAGAACGUUUGCUGCAGAUGAGAACUUCCUCACGCAGCUGCCGCGGGAGAUCGGUAACUGCAAGAACGUGACGGUGAUGUCACUUCGGUCCAACAAGCUGGAGUUUCUGCCUGACGAAAUCGGACAGAUGACCAAACUGCGCGUGCUCAACCUCAGCGACAACAGGUUAAAGAAUCUACCGUUUACCUUCACCAAGCUGAAGGAUCUGGCAGCUCUGUGGCUCUCAGACAAUCAGUCCAAAGCUUUGAUCCCGCUGCAGACGGAAGCCCAUCCAGAAACCAAACAGAAAGUUCUGACCAACUACAUGUUUCCGCAACAGCCCAGGCAUGACGAAGAUUACCAGUCGGAUAGCGACAGCUUUAAUCCUACACUGUGGGAAGAGCAGAGACAGCAGAGGAUGACUGUGGCCUUCGACUUUGAGGACAAGAAGGAUGAGGAAGACAACUCUGGGAAGGUCAAGGUGGAGAUAAACCUGAAGCGCUACCCGACGCCGUACCCUGAGGAUCUGAAGAACAUGGUUAAAUCAGUGCAGAGCCUUGUGGGUAAAAGCAUGCAUCCAGGACACGGGCACCAGCACCAGCUGAGCUCAGGCACCGCCACCUCAGCAGGAACCAACAUGGAGCAUGCUCACCUCAGCAAAGAGCAGUACGAGCCGCCGUGGCCCCUGCCCCCGAAAGAGUUGAUGCAGGUGUUUGAUUCGUUUGACGGACGAAAUGAAACUGUUUGCCAGGUGACUGACAGAGAGAUGCAGGACUUCUCUCAGGCUCAGCUAAUGGAUCAAGGAUCGAUGCAUAAUUCUGGCAUCGACAUUCCCAAGAGGAAGGACAAGGAGGACUUGACAGAAAGCUCUGAGGACUCGAUGGGCGGCUCGCCUAAUGACAUCCGUAUCUCCGACAUGCGGCCGACGCUGGUGGAGCCGCCGAUGUACAAACCAAAGGUGGUGCUGCUGGGGAAGGAUAAGAAAGAGUCGACAGACGAGGAGGUCGAUAAGCUCCACUGUCUGAACCACAGUGGCUCCUCGGCCACCUACUCCGACUACUCGCCCUCUCAGGGCUCCUCAGGCUCCUCCAAUCCCUCCGCCAACACACACUCACACACACACACACACACACACUCUCAUGCGCACGCACACACUCCUGCCCUGCCCGCCCCCAGUAAGGACCAGGCCCCUCAAACACACUGGACCAACAGACUUGCACAGUCAUUCCCAAAGCCUAUUGACUCCAAGCCCCUGCUGUCUCAGAGAGAAACCCCUCCGUCGGGAACGCUGCAGCAACGGGGAGAUCGGCGUCCGCUCAGCGAGCCUUUUGAUUGGUCGGAGGCUCAGCACUAUGACAACACGGGUUUUGACGCUGAGGAGUCUCCGAUGAACCCGACGUCCUCUAACACGAGUCAGGGCAAUCCGCCGCUGGGCUCCAAACCCCGCAGCCAGUCGGCUCAUGGCCGCCGGCCCCUCCUCAGGCAAGAUCGAAUCGUAGGAGUCCCCUUGGAGCUGGAUACCCAGACACUCCCCUACCACGGAAACCAGCGCUCCACCCCGGAUAACGACCCACAAUCCUCUGGACCUUCUUCCCAAAACCCCUGGCAGAAUUGGACCAGGACGCCCAGCCCGUUGGAGGACAGGACUGCUUUCCCCUCAAAGCUGGACCUGACGCCAACCUCAAGCCCCAAUCCUGACCGCAAGGACAUGGACUCACGACUGGAGCAGGGCUCAGGACCUUUGCCCGGAUCCUGGACGUAUCACAACAGCCAGGGGGAGCAGAUCAGGAAGGACCAGCUCACCAUCAGCGGGGGAAACAAGGUCACAGUGGUGAUGAGUAGAAGCUCCGACCGACUUUCCCCCAUGAUGAAGGAAACCAGAUCCAAGUUUAAGAAGUCCCAGAGCAUAGAUGAGAUCGACAUCGGCUCCUAUAAAGUCUACAGUAUUCCCAUGGAAAGCUACAGUUCAUCCAUUGAGCAGCAGACCAGUUUGGACCGCCCAGAGCUCCCUGGUUCCAUGGAGCAGACCAGCAUGUCUCGGUCUCAAUCUGCCCCCAUGUUAGAUGACGAGCUGGGCUUCCCAGGACACGGAGGCGGCAACCAGAAUCAGUCUGGGCAAAAUCAAAAACCUGCCAUUCCUCACAAGGCCUAUCAUUUUGACCAGAACUACAAUCCCCAGGUGACCAUAGAUCGCAGAAUCCCUCCUCCAUUCCCCAACACACCAGAUUAUGUAAACCACUCCUCAAAGGCCAUGGAUUACUUGAGUCAGCCGGGAAAGACGCUACCCAAGGAGCUUGUGAGUCCUCGGUAUCGCGCGUAUCCACCGCUGGAGAUGUUUUCAUUCCCCCAAGCCCCAAUCAACCAGGACGGCCCGUCCAGCCAGCAGCAGCAAACUAUCUCAACUCAGCGCUCCAGGCCAGGCUUUCUGAGGAGAGCCGACUCUUUGGUGAGCUCCACUGAGCUCGCCUUGUUUCGCAGAGUUCAUGAAGCCCAGCAGGAGGCGCUACAGGAAGCUCAGUACAAGCAUCAGACGGACCCGCCUCAUUACAGUCGGGCUCUUGCCUACUCGUCCCCCAUGGAGCAUUCUGCCCUCUCCAACAUGUCCGACAACCAAAAUCAGAUGAUGCACAACAAGAGAAACGGUCGCUACGACGACGACUACACCACUUACCAGGAGCAGAAGAAGCCCAUGAUUGGUUAUCCGACCAAAAGUCUGACUCAGCGUCGCCCCCUGUCUGCUCGGAGCUACAGCACCGAAACGUACGGAGCAUCUCAGGCCCGCCCCGUGUCGGCUCGCCCCACCAUGGCCGCCCUGCUGGAGAAGAUGCCGCCCGACUACACCCUGGCCACCUGCCCCGAGAAACCGUCUGAGGACACCAUCAAAGUGAGACCCGUUGUCCCGCAGAAACCCGAGGACAUCACCUCCAAGAUGCCCGCCGACUGGAGGCAGCAGCUCCUCAGACACAUAGAGGCCAAGCGGUUGGACAGGAGUGGUGUCCUAAAGCACAACACGCUCACCCUGGGCAUGCUCUAUCAGGGCGGGGGUCACGGCCAGGGGCGCAGCACCACUUUGAACUUUAACCUUUACAAUAACACUAGGCAUGAGCCCCCUGCUGGCCGCUGGCUGCCACUACCUCCGCCUCCGUCUGCCAUCACCACGCCUUCUCAGCAGGCUGCAAUGCUGGAUAAUGACCAGGAGGGGGUGACAGGGAGCAACCAGUGGGCUCCCUACUCACUCGGUCGAAGAGACGUUCCACCUGAGAACCUCAUGAAAAAGGGCGGACAUCCACACAACCCCUCCCAUCAGUCACACAACACCAUGAUCGUCACCUCCACCUCCUCGUCCUCGGCCGCCGCGCCUCACCGCGUUGUCGGGCAGCAGGUUUACGACGGGAUGAUGAACAAGGGGGGCCAAUACCAGCAAGGAAUGUCGCUGUCAGUGGUACCAGCAGGCGGUCCGGGCCAGUACCAAGGCAACGUCUCACAGGGCCUUCCCUCCCCUGGCCAGGCGUACCCCAGCGGCGGCCUGCCCAUGGCGCUGUCAUCAUCUGGGAACCAGUCUCAGUACAACCCCCACCCCUCCCAUCAGCCGGCUACCAACCCGCAGUACCACGUGAAUCAAGGCAUGAGCCACAGCAACCAGGCCGUCAUGGCGACCCACACCAACCCGCGGCCUCAGAGCGCCCGCUGCCUGCUGCAGACCAAAGGCCAGAAAAGCACCGACGGUUUCCAAGAGCAGCUGUGUGUGAGGAUAGAGAAGAACCCCGGCCUUGGCUUCAGUAUCUCUGGCGGCAUCAGCGGCCAGGGGAACCCCUUCAAACCCUCCGACAUGGGUAUCUUUGUUACUAGGGUACAGCAUGACGGGCCCGCCGUCUCCUCACUGAAGCCCGGAGACAAGAUACUGCAGGCUAACGGACAUAGUUUUUUACACAUGGAGCACGAGACAGCCGUCUCUCUGCUGAAGAGUUUCCCUCGGACCGUGCACUUGGUGGUUCUGAGAGACGGCAGCACGCGAUAG